CUCAACAAGCACUUGGUUCGAAUAUUGAAGUGUGCUGAAUCGAACCUUUUUACACUCUGACCGCAUCACAAUCAAUUUAGUGCCAUACCUCAAUUAUUCAUACUCUUGGUGGUGUGGUAAAAUAGUGUGUAUUCAUAGGUUAACAAAACACGACCCUGCCCCAAGCAGAAAGAGCAAACUCGGUAAAGACUGUAAGCUACAAUGCCGGGAGAGAGAAGGGGGAGGGGCGAACUCUUCAACCUCACAUUUUUGGUUUCACGGCUCUAGACUUUCCUCUUUCGUUCAAUUUAUGCGCAAUGGAGAACGGUAGAAACACCAAUUUAGUUCAUCUGGUCCUAUUGGAGAGGCAGUGAGAACGGAAAGGCCUUAGGCAAUCAAAUUGAUGAAUAAAGAGCAACUUGAGGCGCUCUCACGGCCUCUUACAUUAAUCGGUAAAUAGAGGGGGAAAGUCUAGACAAAUGUAAACUCUGGCAGAUUCGCCGUCAGUGAGCGAUGGGAUGUGAACUGAAUGUUCUUCUGUAAUCUCAAUGGAAACCUGAGAAACGUUGGAAGACGACAGCUUGGUUACCUGCAUGCCUCACAUAUCAAUCCAUGUUAUUCCUCUCACCUAACGAAACAAACCGAGAAGGUAAAAAAAGCCGGAAAGAGAGGGAAAGAAGGAGAGGAUUCCUGAUCGUGGGCGACCUCGUUUCGGUUUCACCUUAAAGUCGAUGCUCCAUCAAAUGUUCAGCCAGAGUUGACAUAAAUUAGAGAGAGUGCUCUCUCUCUCGUCUGGUUUGGGACGCUUACGCACAGUACAUAGAACAAUAACUCAUUGCAAAUUCAUGUUAGUGCUUCGUUCUUCCGCUAGGAUAUAUACCCUCAGCUUGUUAUCUCAUCCUGGUUUAGCUUGCUUGACAGCAUAACGAGCAAUUACGACCCGACAAAGCCGACAUCCUUGCCGAUGUCUUUAAGAAUCAAUGUCAUCGUCCAUCUCAUUUGGGAUUCAUAGCUAAGCUGAAGAAGUCGACAUCGUAUGGAACAUACAUCAGUUGGACAAAGCAGUUCAUUGUGUAUUCAGUCCACAGACGUGUUAAGUCACCAACAUCCCUCGUUGAUUUGGUUAUGUUUCAAACUUGAAUGUGUGUAUCAUUAAACGUUGCGAGAAGACUAGAGUGGAUGACCAAUUUACUCUGAUUUAAGAGAUUUCCAAAGUCAUUGCGAUUCCUGGUUCAAUACUUCGUUCUUUAUUUCAUCGUUGUAAGCUUUAAGCAGACAUUCAAGAUGGUUUUGGACUUGAGUGGAAAAUGGAGAUCAGAAAAGGUGGAAAACAUGGACGAGUUUCUGAAGGCGGCUGGUGUUGGUCUUGUAAUUAGGAAACUGAUGUGGAUGUUUACACCUGAAAUGGAGAUCACUCAAGAUGGAGAAGAUUUUGUCGUUACUACCAAGAUGCCGAUGAUUACCGAUCGUGUUGAAUUCAAGAUCGGAGAAGAAUUCACCCAUAAACUACCACCAGACUUCAAAGAUGAUCAUACAUUGAUUUCAACUUGGGAAGGAGAUAAACUUGUCACAAAGAUCCUAUCACAAGAAGAUGGCGUUACGACGACUCGUACAUUGGUCGGUGAGAAACUGGUUAUGACGCAAUCAAAGGGUGACGUCACAGCGACCAGAACAUUUUACAAGAUGGAGAAAAAAGAUUGAUGUAGCAUCAAAGCUUCGUUGUAAACGUCUCUACUGCCCAUCACCUUUGGUAUAUGCAGCAUAUGGGUUGGAGUAAAAGAGUUUUUCUUCAUCAUGCAGUGGACAGUUAAUGAUUGAUAGCAGGCUUAAAUGAAAAUAAAAAAGGCAUAGUCUUCAAAAGCUUCCGUCAAAGAAUUAGCCCUAAGUGGUGUUUUGUUAUAUUGCAUUGUGGGUUUUUGUUAUUUCUGCGAAUUCUUCUUUUACAUGAACAAUGGAAAUGAAAAAAAAAUCUUUAUCAAAACUUGUGUGAAGAUAUUUAAUGGAUCUAUUCAGUUUGGAGAAAGAAAAGGGAAAGAAAAAAGCUAGUAAACAAACACCUGUCGUUGAUUUUUUUUACUUUGUUUUGAACGGGAGUUUAUGAUAAAGGUUGUAUUGUGGAAGUUUUAAGCACCUCAGUUGGAAACGAAUGAAAAACGGACCAAAAUGAUACAGCAUUUUCUUGUCAGCAAUGUAAAAUCUUUUAUGAAGUUUACUUAAAUAUUGUUUUGCUGAAAAUUGAACCUUCUACGGUGUAAAAGUUGGGGGAAAUUCGUAGAAUGUGAAAUCUUAUUAUUAUUUCAACUAAAGUUGGAAGAGUGGGUGCCUCAAUAUUCAUUUAAAAAGAUACCCUUACACUUUUCAGAUGUUUCAUAACUUGUAUCUUCGCAUGCGAGAAGGAUCGCUUUCCCUAAAAUGGAAGUGGUCACUGCUUGCUAAGUCUUCAAAAAUUAUAUUCGUAAAAAGUUCUUUUCUCGAAUUGGUUCAUAGUAGACCGAAGGACGUGUAGGAUAGACAUAUACUAGUAGGCAUAGUAGAAGUGAAAUGUAGUAUGUGAUGGCGCUCUUUAGCUUCAGCAGUAGGGUUAUACGUUUAUUUACUACUCUGAGACUACAUUGUGAAGAGCGACCAUAUAUCCAUGCAUUAUACAAAGAGGUCUUCAUGAAUGGCGAACAUCUUAGCAACCACUUAAAAACAGUCUGCUCAUAAUUCAAUGUAAAUAAUUCUAGCGUCAUCUCCACGAAGGCGAAUGCCCAUGCAAUUAUACUCUUCUUAUUCAUGUUAUUCGGAUCAUAAUGAUAGAUUGCUCUUGCCUGGCUCAUGUAAAUGAGUUUUCAUGCCUGCGGUUCUUGCCACGAUGUCAGUGUAUAAUCUAUACCAUAAACACGAUUCAAUAUGACCAAUGGGGGCAUAGGGACUAGUACACCACC